UCCACAUAAGUUUACUUUGCCCUUUGCUGGAGAUGAGUUUCUGCCUCCGUAAACCCGCCGAGAGACGAGCAGUGACGGGGGAGGAAACUUUGUGAGCACCCUGAGAAAUCUGCUGCAUUCAGGAUUAUCCGGACGCUUUCUGCUAGUUUGGAGUUUUCCGCGGAUUCCCGGCUUGUGCGCCUGCUGCAGAGCGGACCGCGCAGUGCGACUCCAGGCAGCUCUGAAGGAAACCAUAUCUGGUCAAAGUAUUCGUUGCUGUCACCCAGCGGGACUGACUGGCUAUAAAUAGCGCUGGAGGAGGUCACUCUCAAGAGCGUGUCAGGCACUUGGCUGCCUUUGCUGUAAUUUUACCCCUGAGCCGGGGAUCAUUGAGAUUAUUUUUCUCAAAGUGUAGGGUCUUGCAGACUCCUGAUCUCCUACAUUUGGCCUUUUUCUUGUUUGGAGGGGGUGAUUGAGGUGUCCAUCAUGUCGGUUAUGAAGAAGGAGAUGGAUAAGUACAGGGACAUAGACGAGGACGAGCUGCUGAAGAAACUGUCAGAGGAAGAGCUGCAGCGAUUAGAGGAUGAAUUAGAGGAGCUGGAUCCUGAUAAUGCCUUGUUGCCUGCUGGGAUGCGGCAGAAGGACCAGACCAAGAAAUCUCCGACUGGGACAUUUCAGAGGGAUAACCUGCUGGCCCAUCUGGAGAGACAGGCCAAAGAGGAUCCUGACAAAGAAGACCUGGUGCCUUUCACAGGGGAGAAAAGAGGGAAAGCCUUUGUGCCUAAGAAGAUGGUGGACCCCAUCAUGGAGAACGUGACUCUGGAGCCGGAGCUGGAAGAAGCCUUGGCGAGUGCUUCUGAUGCUGAACUCUGUGAUAUCGCAGCCAUCCUCGGUAUGCACACCCUGAUGAGUAACCAGCAGUACUAUGAAGCCCUGGCCAGCAGCAACAUAGUCAACAAGCAAGGCCUAAACAGUGUGAUCCAGUGCGCCCAGUAUAAAGCAGUCCCAGAUGAAGAGCCCAACUCCACUGAUGUAGAAGAGACCCUGUUGAGGAUGAAGAGGAAUGACCCCGACCUGGUGGAAGUGAACCUCAACAACAUCAAGAAUAUCCCCAUCAAGACUCUGAAGGCGUACGCUGACGCUCUGAUAGAGAACACUGCGGUGGAGAGGUUUAGUAUUGUCGGAACCAGGAGCAACGACCCUGUAGCAUUUGCCCUGGCAGAGAUGUUGAAGGUGAACACGACGCUGAAGAGCCUGAAUGUCGAGUCUAACUUCAUCACAGGGACCGGCAUUGUGUCCCUCAUAGAGGCACUGCAGAAAAACACCACACUACAGGAGCUCAAGAUAGACAACCAGAGCCAGCCGCUAGGCAACAAGGUGGAGAUGGAGAUAGCCAGCAUGCUGGAGAAAAACACCACGCUGUUGAAGUUUGGAUAUCAUUUCACCCAGCAGGGUCCGCGCCUCCGAGGCUCCAAUGCCAUGAUGAACAACAACGACUUGGCUCGGGUUGUCAGGUCGGAGUCGGACGGCUCCUUCACCCUCACUUUGUCGGUCCCUGAGCUGGAGAGGGCCUUUGGGAAAAAAUUCAAGUCCAAGACUAAUAAGAAAGAGAAGGCUUGAGGGUGGACCCAUCUUCCCCAAGUGUCGGACAAAUGUGUAGAAACCAGGGCGACCCAUCAACGCUCCGUUCCCCCCUCGUCCCGGACCAUCCUCUCAAACACCGUCCUGUAACUUUCUCCGGCCCGACAUCCUCCAAUGACAGAAAACAACCACCAUCACGUCACCAUGUUGUCUCUGAACUCUUUUUUCCAGAAAUGUUUUGGAAGAUAUUAAAGGAUCUAAUGGGAUUAAUCAGCGGUGUCACUCAGUGAAUUUCAGUGAAUGCAAAAGGUGAAAUUCUGUCUCUUUUUUUGCUCGAGUUACAGGCGUGGACAUUUGCUGUAGCUCUUUGGACAAACUCAUGAAUCCUUUAAUAUCUUCUCAAGUGUCUAGAUCCUUAUUUAAAGAGGGCUGGAGGGGUCUGGUUUUGAACAGGGCCACAUUGAAAUGGGAAAGGACACUUUUAUAAAACGCUGUUACCAUUGAUGAGUUGAAUUAAUUCUAAUUAUUAUGCUGUAAAUGAAAUGUUGUGCUGCCAUUACUGUUGUUCCCAAAAAUGUCUGAGGUUGUUCGAGAUCGACAUACCAGAUAUUUUCUACCCAUUAUACACUAAACCAAUGUCCCAUUUCAAUUUAAUAGACCUUAACAGUGUCUUAGUCACUCAGAGGCUAUACAGAUCAUUCUGUAAUGGACAGUUAGAUUUAUAAACCUGCCAACUGUGAGUUUUGUCACUAUAUAGAGAAUAUAUUUAUUUGUGACAGACCUGGGAAAGAGUCAGAAGCCAUUCAAAUACUUUUUGCUGGAUAGUGUAACGUCUUGUCUAAAAAUGUUUCUGUAAAUGAAACUCUAAUGACACUUUACAUAGUUAAAUUAUCCAGCAAUAUAUAAGGCGAUUCCUGAUAGCUGGGAAUUGCAACUGAUAUUAUUUACUGAUGUCAGAUAUUCUAUAAACCCAUUGUAAAAACAACAUACGUGUUGUUUAUACAAUUUACUGUAUACAAUAAUUAUAUACGAUUGUCUAUAAGAACCUAAACUGAGUAUUUGAUUGGACUUCUGUUACACUUUCUACCAAGUCUGGUUUGUUGAUUUCUUUGUUGGUUUUUUUAUUUACUGGAGCUAAAACAUGUGGUUUAUUACAAAAUGGUUGGUAAUGUUGACUUACUGUUGAUUAAAGGUUUCAUAUUAAAACCUCAAUCCAGGUUUCAAUAACAGACGUUAGACGCAGAUUUAAAAACACAGAAAACCUCUAAUGUCAUCACAGCUGUCAGAUUCACGAAAUCCAUCAAAGUUAGUAAAAAGAAAUCUGACUUUUUGCCGUUUCAAAAUGAUUAUCUUUGUGAUGAGACCUAACGUCUGAAAUAAGGUAUAACACUUUGAUACUGGAUGGAUAAUUCAAUGGUUCACAAUGAAGAUUUAUUGUUAGCAACCUAGACUACACAUCCACAUGCUGUUAAUGAUGAACUCUGCUGUGUAUUUUGCAACACUUCAAAACAUUAACAGCACAAUGAGAAAGGAGGUGUUAGCUGCUAUGUAACCAGGAACUUGAGCUAAUACAGUAUGUUGCUGUCUGAAAAAUAAAAUAGCUCCAGUAAAAAUCCUUGGAAAAAGGUCUGUUACGUUUAAUAUCUCAAGGUGAAACAGGUAUGUAUUUUUUGGCUUGGGUAAACUUAAUGUUGCAUAAUCAAGGGAAAAUCUUACCUGACUGUACCAUCAAUGUUUCCUUGAUGACAACAACUGUACCUGCAUGUUUGAGGGUUAGAUAACCCUUUUAAUGUUAUUUAAUGUCACCGCUGUGUUACUCUUGUCAGUGCUGUGGGUGAUGUUCAACAAAUGGAAGUUAUGGAUGUAAACAUUUGUCAAACAGGUAAAACUGAAUGCUAAAGGCAAAAGAAGACGUGGACUUGUGCUACUCUUCAAAAGUCUUUGUGUCCAGUUUUUUUUUCUGUCUAGUGUUUUCUGAUAUUUUAGUGCUUGACUCUGUGUUCCAUUAGAUAGUUCACCUUUUUUGGUUGAAUUUUUGUUUAAUAAAUAAAUAAAGUUUGGCAAUAUUUCGUCUUCUUGAACUGCCAAAGCAAUUGUGUGGACAUGUGCAGUGUUAUUGGUAUAAAGACAACAGUGACACUCUGUGGAUGAAUGAAAGAAAUGCACAAGGUCAUUUCAGUUGGACUGCCUCCCUGUUGCCCUCUUCAGACGAACAAUAGUUUUACACCUCUGUUCACUACACAAAAGCAGUGGAGAAUAUUUUCUAUGUUGAUGAAAAUAAGUUGUUUCAACCUACACCGAGUUGUUAAUUGGCUAGCCAAAAUAAAAGAUACAAAUCUUAAUACUAUUUCAUCGAUAUACUGACAUUUUAUCAUGGUAUUUGUGAUAUUGGUCUUUCAAAAUAAAAUGUGUUAGCUUGAUAUAA